GUGCACUCAUUAGGGGGGAUGUGCUCGUGCAGCGUACACGUCGAGCUGCAUCCACGGCACCUUCUCUCUCUCGGUGCCACCCCCAGUAGCCUCAGUCGCGUUCCGCGGCCAAGCUGGUUCGCACGACGCUGCGAUAUCUUCUCCGGUGCCGCUGCUCUUAUCGUUCCUGAUAAUAUUGCUGCUACUGAUAUUGCUAUUGCUGCUGUUACUGUCAUUGCUGCGCGUCGCGCUUUAUACACGUCGUUCUCCUUCCGUUGUGUCAUUGUUAACAUUCCUCGAGCUACGAAACUUGCGUUAAAUUCGUCGUAUACGUCUUCGUCUUCGCCCUCGUCUUUAUCAUCGCUAUCGUCGUCAUUGUCAUCAUCGUAUUCGUCGUCUUCGCUGUUAUCGUCAUCAUCGUCAACGUCGUCCAGAGCCGACGUUAGAGGAAACAGGAAAGUAAAAACACGUAAUCGAUCUCGCACCCUCCUUCUCGCCCUCGUUUUCAUCGUCUUAGUCGUUGGCUCGGCGCGUCGAUCGCUCCUUGCGAUCCACUUCGAUUUCAAUCCCCUGUUCGGCGCGUCGGAGGAAGGCGCGCGCGCGCGCGCGGCCCCGCGCGCGGGAGAUCAUGGCCGGGACAAGUUGAAGGUCGUAGCCGCGAUUACCGUUCGGGGAAUACGCGUGGGUAUACACAUUAACACUUCCUAUCAAACUUUCGAAUUUCCUUCCCUCGAUCGAUCGAGAAGAAGAAGAGGAGAGUGUGUUUUAAAGGGGAGACUGUACUAAUCGACCUACCGUUUUACGAACACUCGAUUCAUUUACCUGAGACCAUUUUCCAAUCUAACGAGAGUAUUCUCUAGAAGAUAGUGUGACGAUUAAGUUAAUAAAAAAAAAAAAAAGAGAGAAGAAGAAGAAGAAGAAAUCUUCGCGCGAAAGAUCAUCUCGUCCUUGAAGAUAGAAGAGGAAUCGACGUUUGGAAGAAAACAGAUUCUUCGUCGAUCAGAAGAAGAGAACGAGAAGAAGAGGAGCAGGAAGAGGAGGAGCUGAAGGUGGUGGAGGAGGAGGAGGAGGAAGAGGAGGAGGAGUAGUCCUCGAGGGAAUAAACCAACUUCUUGGCACGCUCCGUAAGCUGCACUUAACGCGCCGCCUGGCUACACCGGGGGCCGAGGAGGUUUCAUGUUCACGAAUUUCAGUAAACCAGGGUCGGGAUUGGAGAUAGACAAGAUGGACCAGCAGUAUUGCCUACGGUGGAACAAUCACCCAGCCAACCUUACAGACGUUCUCAGUUCGCUGCUUGCCAGAGAGGCACUCUGUGACGUUACCUUGGCAUGUGUUGGAGAAACUUUUAAGGCACACCAGACGAUACUCUCUGCAUGUAGUCCGUAUUUCGAGACUAUUUUCCUCCAGAAUACCCAUCCUCAUCCAAUUAUAUUCCUGAAGGAUGUCAACGAUACAGAAAUGAAAGCGUUGCUGCACUUUAUGUAUAAGGGAGAAGUAAACGUUAGUCAGCAUCUAUUACCGAUGUUCCUCAAAACAGCAGAGGCGUUACAAAUCAGAGGCCUCACAGAUAAUAGUGUAAAUAACAAGACAGGAGAAAAAAGUCCGUCGCCAGAGCCAGAAGCGCAAACCGGUGGCAGGCACACCGAUUCGCCUAAUCUCCAAUCGCAUCCUGAAAAGAGGAAAAGAAAAUUUUCCGGCAGCUAUGAUGUUUCUCUUACUGGGCCUCCUAGCGAAAGAUUCAUGUCUGAUUCUCAGGCAUCUUCGCAAUGUAAUUAUAAAUCAAGUCCACCUGUUAUUCCAAAGGUAAAUAAUGCCCUGGGAACAGAAUUAGAGGAUGGUGGUCGACCUAUGUCUCCUGCAUCUCAACCACAAGCUCCUAUCAAGCAAGAAUUAGACCACCACUUAUCUGAUUUCCAUGACAAUAUCUCCCUCCCAGGUCAUACGGUUGGACUAUUAGGAGAGGAUGGCGGACCUACGGCGGGGGCUCUUAGUGAUGGGGUAUCUGGAAUUGAAUCGUCUGAACACCAUAAUCCUCCUGAAAUGCUCGAUGGACUUGAUGGUACGAUGCCGAGCGUGCCGGUGGGUCUCUCAUAUCACGAGAUGUUCGCCGGAUCGCUUGGCAGCCCGGCCCUAUGGAGAUGCCGUGCCUGCGGUAAACAGGUGACCAAUCGAUGGCACCACUUCCACAUACAUACGGCUCAAAGGUCACUCUGCCCUUACUGCCCGGCCACCUACAGCAGGAUCGACACCCUUCGCUCCCAUAUACGUACCAAGCACAAGGAGACGCUCUACGCUAAGGGCUCAUUGUAGAGGUCGCUGAUGGCCCCGCGGAGGAAGCGACCACCGCGGUUACCCUCGCCACGACUCGUCGUUGACGAUCGACCAGGGGUCGCACCCUUCUUCGGAUUUGGCCUACCCUGACCACCGUCCAAUUUGGACCAACCUGCUGCUGCUGCCGCUGCUGCUGCUGCUGUUGCUGCUGCUGCUGCUGCUGCUGCUGCUGCUGCGGCUGGUGCUGCAG